CUUCUGCUUGCAGAUGGUGGAAGCUGCUGUCAAACUUUUCAUAUUCGCGGCGUUUCGCUCUUCGCCAAAUCUGAAAGAGGAAGCCAUCGCGCAUUUUUCUGUUUGCCGAACGAGGUUUUCUGGGAAGGAUCGGGAUUUGUGCAGAAUUAUCUGAAUUUAGUGAGUUUUUGUUGUGAUUUCCUACUCACAGUGGUAGUUCCGUUUGGGGGAGCAGUGAUUUUCACUGAAUAGAGAUUCAUUGCCAGAUUCGCUUGCAUUUCGCAUUUGCUUGGAUACGUGUUUUUUUUUGCUGCGGCGGACGCUUCUGAGGUCGAUCAUGGGAAAGUCUAAGGAUAAUAAAGCGUCGGACAGUGAGUCCAGCGAAGAGGAGUAUGUAGUGGAGAAAAUUGUUGACCGACGGGAACGAAAAGGAAAAAUCGAGUAUUUUCUGAAGUGGAAGGGUUAUGAUUCAUCGGCAAACACUUGGGAACCGAAGGAGAAUUUGGAAUGUCCGGAAUUGAUCAAAGCAUUUGAGGAUUCCAGAACGGAGAACAAGAAGGAAGCACCAAAGGAGAAAGAGAAAACAAAGGAAAAGAAGAAACCCAGUAAGCCCAGCACUGGCAGCGGUACUUCAAAGAAGAAGGUAGAUUCUGAUGGAGAGAAUGAAGCAUCAGAUGAUGAUGACAAAGACGACACUGCUUCGACAAAGUCGAAUAAAUCCAAAACCGCGGUAGCACCCGAUAAUGAUGCAUCCGCCAGUGAUGACGGUAUGAAUGGAUUUGAAAAAGGAUACACUCCAGAAAAGAUUCUUGGUGCUACGGAAGCAAACAGCGAGCUGCUCUUCCUUAUCCAGUGGAAGGACAAGGAUAAGGCACAACUUGUAUCCUCGAAGGAAGCACGCAAACACUGUCCGCAGCUGGUUAUAGACUUCUACGAGGAGCGUCUUAUCUGGCAGUCAGCCGAUUCCGCAGAGUAAGCGUUUUUAGUUCUCAUUCCCUCCCUUCUCUUACUCGCUGAAAUUUAGGUGGGAUCGGACGUUUUCCUUGCAAGUAAUAAGUUUAGUAUGUUUGUUUAAGUAUGCCAACAAUAUAACGAUAACUCGGAACCUGUAUGUUUAGUGGUAAGAUUUGUUUACUUUCGCCAUGUUUCGGACUCUUGGAAUUCACCGGUGGUUUUAAAAAACCGAACUCGAAGGAAACUCGAAACCAUUCAGCGCCAGCAUUUUUAGUGGCAGUAGAAAACAAGAUACGUUUCUCUGACUUUUGACGAUGAAAACUAUGAAAAAUACAUAUAAUGAAGAUUUUGGCAAAAUAUAGGUUUAGAAGAUAA